UCGAGUCACCACUGACAGUCAGAACUGGAGGUUCUGAUUUUACGUGCAAAAAGUGCUGGAAUAAAUUUGACUUUGUUAUGCAGACGUGCAGCUAACACUAGCUUAGCUUAGCUUAGCUUAGCUUAGCUUAGCUUAGCUUAGCUUGGCGGCUGCAGGCGGACCGAGGACAAUGCUGCAGCUGGGAGAUGAAGUCACGCUGUACUCGGUGGUGUUCGUGGUUCUCCUCCUGGGGACCCGCAGCCCGUUGUGGACCACCGUGCUCACCGUUGCCCUCUACCUUUUCAUGGUCACGUUCCGGUUCCCGCAGGUACUGGCCAGCCGAGCCCAGCGGGUUCUGCGUCCAGCCGGCAGCCGGGUGUCGGUGGUCGCUCACCGCGGCGGAGGGCACGACGCGCCGGAGAACACGAUAGCAGCAAUCCGGGAGGCUCAUAAGAAUGGUGCAACAGGUGUGGAACUGGACUUGGAGUUCUCAGCAGAUGGUAUCCCAAUACUGAUGCAUGAUGAGACUGUGGACCGAACCACUAAUGGGUCGGGUUCACUCACCCAGUUGAGUGUCUCCGAUUUAAGGAAACUGGAUGCAGCUGCUAAACAUCGGCUCAGAGACACGUUUGCCGGAGAGAAGGUCCCAACUCUGAAGGAGGCAGUGGAGGAAUGCAUCAGGCUGCAGCUCACCAUCUACUUUGAUGUCAAAGGCCAUCCAGAUGAGGCAGCUGCAGCCUUGAAAGACCUGUUUAAAAAGCAUCCAGUUUUGUAUAACAGCAGCAUCGUGUGCUCCUUUGAGCCCAAAGUCAUCUACAGGAUGAGACAGAUUGACCCUGAAGUGGUUACAGCUUUGACCCACAGGCCGUGGAGCAUAAGCCAUUAUGGAGAUGGUGUCCCGCGUUUUUCGUCACGAUGGAAACACUUUUGGACGGUGCUAAUGGAUGUAGUGUUGGACUGGGCGCAUCAUCACGUGCUGUGGAAGCUCUGUGGCAUCUCUGCCUUCCUGAUACAAAAAAACUUUGUCUCACAGGACUAUAUCCAGUACUGGUCUCAGAGAGGAGUGGAGGUGGUGUCCUGGACAGUCAACACAGCAGCGGAGAAGCAGUAUUAUCAGGAUCUGCUCCAAGUCAGCUACAUCACAGACAGCCUUGUGGAAGACUGUGAACCCCACUACUAACAUCAAGCAAUAAGAGUCAGUGGUCUUAAAGUGA